AUGAUACUAAUCGUGGCCGCUGCAGUUCCUCACCCAAAGAUUGUCAAGAAGUACACCAAGAAGUUCAAGAGACACCACUCCGACAGAUACGACAGAGUCAAGGAGAACUGGAGAAAGCAAAAAGGUAUUGACUCAUGUGUCCGUAGAAGAUUCAGAGGUACCAUCCCACAACCAAACAUUGGUUACGGUUCAAACAAGAAGACCAAGUACCUUACUCCAUCAGGUCACAAGGUCUUUGUCGUUAAGAACUUGAAGGACUUGGAUGUGUUGGUUAUGCACACCAGAACAUACGCUGCUGAGAUUGCUCACAACAUCAGUGCCAAGAACAGAAUCGAAAUUGUCAAGAAGGCUAACAAGAUCGGUGUCAAGGUUACCAACCCUAAGGGUAGAGUUUCUAUUGAAGCUUAA